GUCAUACGGGGCAUCCCUACACGCUAAACUGGACCGGGACUGGGUCCGCUAUCAGCUUCCAUUCGUUCGUUUGUGCCUGGGCCGUGAUGUUUUUUUUCUGGUUCUCUGUAACCUUCCUCUUUCAAUCACACGGAGGUUGGACCAACGUCCCCCUCUUUUGCGGUAGUGAUGAUACCCCUCAUCUGAAGUCUCGAUUGGCCAAAUCAUUAUUGCUUUUACCUCGGCUCCUCGUCCUCCUCCUCGCCCUCUCCUCUCGUGCCUUAUCGCAACCGAAGCUGCGGACGGAAUAUCUCAGCGGCCAGACGCAGUGCCACCCACCCCUCUUCCUCGAUCCAGAUCGUGAUCCGAAAUAUACAACCUACGAAUGUUGUACUCGAUAUGCUCCGAACAGCCCUCGUGAUGCCCGAGUUGCAUUCGACGUGACAGCACAGAAUCUAAUCUCGUCAAAUCUCCCGCCAGAAGGAGAGGUUCUACCAACCAUGUUUGUGGGUUAGGACACACGGUGAUGAUUGGCUUCUGAUCAUGAACCACAUAUCGAAAUUGUAUCUGCCUCGGAACAUUGAUGGCGUCCUACCACUUCGGAUGUUGAAUCAAACGGCAUCGCGUUGCAGCUCGCCAGAAGCCCUGUGCGUUACGGUGGACGAAGGAAAACUUGGCAGAAUGCCUGAUCAAGAUCG